AUGUCGACCCGUCAAGCGGCACUGUCCUUGUACCGUCGGUCACUGAAGCUGGCACUUGACUGGGCCGUCCAUCGUCACCUUUGGAGAGGCCAGGCGCUCUAUAUCCGGUCACUGUUCGAGGCCAACCGGAAUGUGAUAGAUUCUCGACAGAAGAGGGAGCUCCUGACCCAGACAGAGACCUUGUUGGCAAAGUGGAAGCACCCGGAACCCUAUGUGCACCCGACCGCACCUGGCGGAUCUAAAUAUGAGCGCAAUCUUCGUGCCCCUAUUCUGGAUGCGCCCCCCCCAUUGAAAUUCUAA